AUAAGCGGAUGUGGAUCACGUGACAUUUGUUUGUAGACAACAUGGCCGAAGGAGAGCAAAUUCCAGUAGUUACUGAGACACCAGUUGUUGCACAAGAACCUGCUGUUGUCGCACCAGUAGAAAACCCACACGCUGAACAUGGACUGACUGAAAAUGUACAGAAGAUAAUUUCAAAUGAGAAGGCCGAGGCAGAGAAGCAGAGCAGACCCAAAGUUGACCUCCAAUCUUUAACAACCAGAAGUUACCUCGAUCACACUGUAGUACCCAUCCUCCUCCAAGCAAUGUCAGCGUUGGCUAAAGAGAGACCGCCAAAUCCCAUCGAGUACCUAGCAGCCUACCUCUUGAAGAAUAAGGACCAGUUUGAGAAUUAGACAGCAUUCAGUGAUAAUGAUAGAACUCUGAUAACUUGCUUUCAUCUGCUAGAUCAUGCAGCAAUACAGGUUAAUGCAGGACAAGGCAGUCGAGACAGGGCUCACCAUGUGGAUCCUCACUCUACAUAGGGAGAUGACGGACGCGAUUUGAGUGUUUAGACAAGCGUGUUUGGAAUGUGAUUUUUUUAGCCAUGUAUUGAUUAGAUUCCACAAUUUUUCUGUGGUUGUUUUCUCUUUUUUUCUUUUCUCAGUUAGUGCUAAAUUUUAAGCAUACCGGUAAUACAUUUUCAGAUUCCAGUAGUCGAAUGUGUGUGUUCUAUUCUUUAUCUUUCCUUUUUUUGUGUCCUUGUCUAUAUAUUUAAAAUGAUUAUAUUUGUGUAAAAAAUUGUAUUCCAGAGAAAUCCAGAUACUUAUAAAGAAGUUUUAUAUGUGUUGGAAAUAGCAAGAGCUGUUAUGUCGUGACAAUAUUUCAAUGUUAAUAACUUUCUUGUCAUUGAUCACUGAAAUUUGGUUUCAUAGUUUGAUAUAUGUAACCUUGUACACUAUAUAUCCCUCAUUCACACAUUGUGCAUGUACAAAACAAAUUAAUAUCAAUUCAAUUCUUUAUACAUUUUCAACCUCCUUUUUGGUAGUAUUUUCCAUUGAUGAGAUUUUAUUAAAUAUUUGUUCCUGUA